AGGCCGGGAAACAACUCCCCCCUGACUCUUGGUCCUCACCAUCUCUCAGUGCCCAAUGAGGUUGGAGAGCUCCAGAUGGUCAAUCGAAGCACCAGCUCGGUCUCCCUGCGCUGGACGGUCCCCAGCGGCCCCCAGGCUUCCAAUUACACCUACUGGGUCAGCUGGGCCGGGGAGGGCAUCCUCAAUCAGAGCAGCACAGAGCAGACGGAGUAUGAAGUGAGGGGCCUCGAUGCUGCCACCAUGUACAAUUUCACAGUGCAGGCUGGGAGGAAUGAUGUCAACAGUUCUGGCCAGAGCAUCCAGGUGGCCACAGUGCCCAAUGAGGUUGGAGAGCUCCAGAUGGUCAAUCGAAGCACCAGCUCGGUCUCCCUGCGCUGGGGGGUCCCCAGCGGCCCCCAGGCUUCCGAUUACAUCUACUGGGUCAGCUGGGCCGGGGAGGGCAUCCUCAAUCAGAGCAGCACAGAGCAGACUGAGUAUGAAGUGAGGGGCCUCGAUGCUGCCACCAUGUACAAUUUCACAGUGCAGGCUGAGAGGAAUGAUGUCAACAGUUCUGGCCAGAGCAUCCAGGAGGCCACAGGUAAGAUGGGGGUUGGACCUUGUAGGAGGGGUCCCAGGGCUCCUCGGCCCCAGCUUUGGCCCCACCAUGACACACUGUCAGAGCAGAGCUGGCCAUCUCUUCCCCUCUUUCCUUACACAGUGCCCAAUGAGGUCGGAGAGCUCCAGAUGGUCAAUCGAAGCACCAGCUUGGUCUCCCUGCGCUGGACGGUCCCCAGCGGCCCCCAGGCUUCCAAUUACACCUACUGGGUCAGCUGGGCCGGGGAGGGCAUCCUCAAUCAGAGCAGCACAGGGCAGACGGAGUAUGAAGUGAGGGGCCUCGAUGCUGCCACCAUGUACAAUUUCACAGUGCAGGCUGAGAAGAAUGAUGUCAACAGUUUUGGCCAGAGCAUCCAGGUGGCCACAGGUAAGAUGGAGGGAGGGGUCCAGCUCACGUGGUCAGGGAACAUUUCAGAAACUCAGUAUACUGUGAAGGGCCUUGAACCUGGAACAGCAUAUGAGUUUACUAUCAAAGUAGAGGGAAGCAUCUUUGAAAUGAGACUCAAUGCAUCUACAGGUGAGAUUUGGUCCUACCUUGGGGUUGCAAGCACUGCAUGGAGGGCUAGAGAUGGCUUUGGAUUCCCCCAUCCGCCCGUAAGCUCCUCAAGGGCAGGGACUGUCAUUUGCCUCUUUCUAGAUCACCAGAACUUAGCACGGUGCCCAGCACAUAGCUCCUCGACCCACGAGGCUCUGCUCGCCUUCCAGCUUAAAGCAUCCUUGCUUGCCCACCAGGCCAGACCAAGGGCUCCGUCUCUCCCUGUGCUCUGGGUGCUUGGGGGGAGGCCGAGAAACAGCUCCCCCCUGACUCUUGUCCCUCACCACCUCUCAGUGCCCAAUGAGGUCGGAGAGCUCCAGAUGGUCAAUCGAAGCACCAGCUUGGUCUCCCUGCGCUGGACGGUCCCCAGCGGCCCCCAGGCUUCCAAUUACACCUACUGGGUCAGCUGGGCCGGGGAGGGCAUCCUCAAUCAGAGCAGCACAGAGCAGACGGAGUAUGAAGUGAGGGGCCUCGAUGCUGCCACCAUGUACAAUUUCACAGUGCAGGCUGAGAGGAAUGAUGUCAACAGUUCUGGCCAGAGCAUCCAGGAGGCCACAGCCCCGGACCCCGCCACCAUCGUCUCCUGCACCAGCACCGAUGCGGGCUACGGGCUGCUCCUGAGCCUGGCCUGCCCCGUCGGGAACCUGGAGGCCGUCAAGUUCGAGGUGGGCCAGCAGCGGGGCGAGUGGCGGGACCCCUGCAACAGCUCCCUGGCCGUGCGGGAGCUGCAGCCGGCGCGGGCCUACAGGGCCGUGGUGACGAGCCUGUGGGCCGACAUGGAGGCCGCCUCGGAGCCCGUCACCUGCUACACCGAGAGGGGAGGGGUCAUCGCGGGCGCCGUCAUCGGCGUCCUCCUCCUCCUCGGCCUGCUGGCGGCUUCGCUCAUCUUCUUCCUGCGGAGGACUAACCGGAAAUGGUCCCGUCGGCCGUCCGCACUCCCUGCCAGCUCCCAAGGAGACAUCCCUGCGCAGUGUCUGGCCGACCACAUCCAGGAGAAUCAGAAAGACAGCAACUACGGGUUUGCGGAGGAAUACCAGCAGCUGGCUCUGGAGGGCCUCGAGCAGUUGCAAACAGCUGCCUCGGCCCUGGAGAACAAGAGCAAGAAUCGAUUCUCCAAUGUCCUGCCUUAUGACUGGGCCCGAGUCCCCCUGCAGCCCAUCCCGGGGGACCCCGGCUCCGACUACAUCAAUGCCAGCUUCCUGCCAGGUCUCUGUGAUCCCCGAGAAUUCAUCGCCACCCAGGGGCCCCUCCCGCAGACGGUGGGCGACUUCUGGCGCCUGGUGUGGGAGCAGCAAAGCCGCACCAUCGUCAUGCUGACCAACUGCGUGGAGUCCGGGCGGGUCAAGUGUGAACACUACUGGCCCCUGGAUGCCCAGCCUUGCAACCAUGGACGCCUCCGGGUGACUCUGAGAGGGGAGACUGUGGCAGAGCACUGGACAGUUCGAGACCUGCACCUGUUUCACAUGGACCUGAAGCAGACCCUCUGUGUUCGCCAGUUCCACUACACCGUCUGGCCAGACCAUGGCGUUCCCCACUCUCCGGACCCGCUGCUGGCCUUCCAAGCUCUCCUGCGCCAGUGGCUGGAGCAGAGCCCGGAGGGGGGCCCUCCCAUUGUCCACUGCAGCGCGGGUGUUGGCCGCACAGGGACCUUCAUCGCCCUGGACGUCCUGCUGAGGCAGCUGCAGAAGCACGGGCAUGUUGGGGUCCAGUCCUUCGUCCGCCGCAUGAGGAGGAGCCGCCCACUGAUGGUGCAGACAGAGGUCCAGUACAUAUUUCUGUACCAAACACUCCUGAGGCAUAUGCAGCAGUCAGAGGACCAAGAGGGCAGCUUCUAUGAGAACGUGGAUGCCACCAAGGCCUAUGAGCAGGAGCUCUGUGCCACCUGAGCCCCACUUCCUGGGGUUCCAAAUUCAGGGUGCUCCCCACUGGGAGGAGGGACACCUGGGUUCUUGAUGGGGAGGCUCCAGAUCUCUGGGUCCUUCAGGAUGUCAGAUCAUGUGACAGGGAUUUGGGGAGACCUCUGGGGGGCUGAGCCCUGCCUCCUCCCCAUCCUCUGGUACAGCCUGUACAUAAUACCAAGCCUUUAACUUAUUAAAUUGGCACUCUGGCCAGAGCACCGAGGCA